AUGAGCGCCAACGGGCCCGCCCCAGACCCCGCCCCCGUGGCCCAACAGGCCCCUCCCGCACCGACCCCUGCCCCUGCCCCUGCUGCGGCCCCAGCCCCUGUGGCACCAGCCGCACCUCCUGCCCUGCCUGCCCCAGUGUCUUCUACCAUCCCGGUGGGUGCGUUGGCACAGAAGAAGCGGCAGCAGUAUGCCAAAAGCAAGAAACAGGGCAGUAACGCCAACAGCAGGCCACCAAGGGCUCUGUUCUGCCUCAACCUCAACAACCCCAUACGCAGGGCCUGCAUCAGCCUGGUGGAGUGGAAGCCAUUUGAUAUCUUUAUAUUAAUUGCUAUUUUUGCCAACUGUAUGGCCUUAGCUGUCUAUGUCCCCUUCCCGGCAGAUGAUUCCAACUCUACAAACCAUGACCUGGAAACAGUUGAGUAUGCCUUCCUCAUCAUUUUCACAAUUGAGACCUUUUUGAAGAUUAUCGCUUAUGGUUUGGUGAUGCACCAGAACGCGUACGUGAGAAACGGUUGGAACAUGCUGGAUUUCGUCAUUGUCGUCAUAGGACUCUUCAGUGUUGUGUUGGAGCUUUUGACCAAAGAAGAGAAGUCAGAAGGCGAAGGAGAGCUGGAGCAUCCGUCGAUGCAAGGACAUGGAGGUAAACCAGGUGGAUUCGAUGUUAAAGCCCUUCGAGCCUUCCGUGUGCUGCGACCCCUACGGCUGGUCUCAGGAGUACCCAGUUUACAGGUGGUGUUGAACUCCAUCAUUAAAGCCAUGGUACCUCUCCUUCACAUUGCCCUCCUGGUCUUGUUCGUCAUCAUCAUCUAUGCUAUUAUCGGCCUGGAGCUUUUCAUCGGUAAAAUGCACGCAACCUGCUUUAUUCCUGGCUCAGAUGCGAUAGCAGAAGAGGAACCAGCUCCAUGUGCGAUCUCAGGGCACGGGCGCCAAUGCCCCAUCAACGGCAGCGUGUGUAGGGAGGGCUGGCAUGGUCCCAACGGUGGCAUCACCAACUUUGAUAACUUCCUGUUUGCCAUGCUGACAGUGUUUCAGUGCAUCACCAUGGAGGGCUGGACGGAUGUGUUGUACUGGAUGAAUGAUGCUAUGGGCUUUGAGCUUCCAUGGGUGUACUUUGUCAGUCUUGUGAUCUUCGGCUCCUUUUUCGUUCUUAACCUGGUUUUGGGUGUGUUGAGCGGAGAGUUCUCCAAGGAGAGAGAGAAAGCCAAAGCUCGAGGAGACUUCCAGAAGCUGCGUGAGAAGCAGCAGCUGGAGGAGGAUCUGAAGGGUUACCUGGACUGGAUCACUCAGGCUGAAGACAUCGACCCCGACAACGAAGACGAGGCCGAUGAGGAGAGCAAGCGCAACCGGGUGACUUUGGCUGACCUUACUGAGAAGAAGAAAGGAAGGUUUGGGUGGUUCAGCCAGUCGUCCGACACUCAUGCGAGCGUUCCAGCCAGCGAAACAGAAUCUGUGAACACGGAGAAUCAAAACGGGGAGGAUGAAAAGACACCAUGCUGCGGACCUCUGUGUCAAAAAAUUUCCAAGUCAAAGUUCAGUCGGCGCUGGCGCCGCUGGAACAGGUUCUGCCGCAGGAAGUGCCGGUUGGCUGUCAAAUCGGUGCCUUUCUAUUGGCUGGUCAUCAUCCUGGUGUUCCUCAACACGCUCACCAUAUCAUCAGAGCAUUACAACCAGCCCAUGUGGCUGACACAAGUGCAGGAUGUGGCCAACAAGGUGCUGCUAGCCCUGUUCACGUGUGAAAUGUUGACGAAGAUGUACAGUCUCGGGCUACAGGCCUACUUUGUGUCACUGUUCAACCGCUUUGACUGCUUUGUGGUCUGUGGAGGAAUCACGGAAACCAUUCUGGUCGAGCUGGAAAUCAUGUCUCCUCUCGGUAUCUCUGUGUUCCGCUGCGUCCGCCUGCUGAGGAUCUUUAAGGUCACGCGUCACUGGCAGUCUCUAAGUAACUUGGUGGCGUCCCUGCUCAACUCCAUGAAGUCCAUCGCUUCUCUGCUGCUGCUGCUCUUCCUCUUCAUCAUCAUCUUCUCCCUGCUGGGCAUGCAGGUGUUCGGUGGAAAGUUCAACUUUGACGAGACCCAGACCAAGAGGAGCACCUUUGACAACUUUCCCCAAGCCCUCCUCACUGUGUUUCAGAUCCUGACCGGAGAAGACUGGAACGCUGUUAUGUAUGAUGGCAUCAUGGCGUACGGAGGGCCUUCAUCUUCUGGGAUGAUCGUGUGCUUUUACUUCAUCAUCCUCUUCAUCUGUGGAAACUAUAUCCUCCUGAAUGUCUUCUUGGCUAUCGCUGUGGACAACUUGGCAGAUGCAGAGUCUCUCAACACGGAUGAAAGUGACAAGAAAGGGGACAAAAAGGAGGAUGAAAAAGAUGACAAGGAGGACGAGGAGGAGAAUGACGACACUGCGGCGGAGGAGGAGGAUCCAGAAGUCCCAUCGGGGCCUCGGCCGGUCAUCUCUGACUUGGUAAAGAAGGAGAAGAUCACUCCAAUCCCAGAGGGAAGCGCCUUCUUCAUCUUCAGCAGCACAAACCCGUUUCGUGUGUUUUGCCACAAACUCAUCAACCACCACAUAUUCACCAACCUCAUCCUGGUGUUCAUCAUGCUCAGCUCCGUGUCCCUCGCUGCAGAGGAUCCGAUCAGAAACUUCUCAGCUCGCAAUAUUAUACUUGGUUACUUUGACUAUGCUUUCACGGCUAUCUUUACUGUUGAGAUCGUAUUGAAGAUGACAACAUAUGGAGCCUUUCUCCAUAAAGGAGCAUUCUGUAGGAAUUACUUCAACCUCCUGGACCUGUUAGUGGUGGGAGUUUCACUGGUUUCCUUUGGCAUUCAGUCCUCGGCCAUCUCUGUGGUGAAGAUUCUUAGGGUCCUUCGUGUUCUUCGACCCCUGAGGGCCAUCAACCGAGCCAAAGGCUUGAAGCACGUGGUGCAGUGUGUGUUUGUGGCCAUCAGAACUAUCGGUAACAUUAUGAUCGUCACCACUCUGCUCCAGUUCAUGUUCGCCUGCAUAGGGGUGCAGCUGUUCAAGGGAAAGUUCUAUCGCUGCACAGAUGAAGCCAAGUCCAGCCCGGAAGAGUGCAAGGGCACCUACAUCCUGUAUAAGGAUGGAGAUGUGAACCAGCCAACCAUCCAUAAACGACUGUGGCACAACAGUGACUUCAACUUUGACAACGUCCUCAUGGCUAUGAUGGCUCUGUUCACUGUGUCCACCUUUGAAGGCUGGCCUUCUUUACUGUACAAGGCAAUCGACUCAAACAGGGAGAACCUGGGUCCCAUUUACAACUACCGCGUGGAGAUCUCCAUCUUCUUCAUCAUCUACAUCAUCAUCAUUGCUUUCUUCAUGAUGAACAUCUUUGUAGGUUUUGUGAUCGUCACAUUUCAGGAACAAGGAGAGAAAGAGUACAAAAACUGUGAACUCGACAAGAACCAGCGCCAGUGUGUGGAGUACGCUCUGAAGGCGCGUCCACUGAGGAGGUACAUCCCCAAAAACCCAUACCAGUACAAGUUCUGGUAUGUGGUGAACUCCACUGGGUUUGAGUACAUCAUGUUUGUGCUCAUUAUGCUCAACACACUCUGUCUGGCUGUGCAGCACUACGGACAGUCAGCGCUCUUUAACUAUGUAAUGGACAUUCUCAACAUGGUCUUCACUGCUGUCUUCACCGUGGAAAUGGUUCUCAAACUCAUCGCUUUCAAACCCAGGCACUAUUUCGCUGAUGCUUGGAACACAUUUGAUGCCUUAAUUGUUGUUGGUAGUGUCGUCGAUAUUGCUAUUACGGAAGUUAAUCCAACGGAGACUCCUCAGGUGGAUGAGCAGGGGAACACGGAGGACAGUGCUCGUAUCUCCAUCACCUUCUUUCGUCUGUUCCGAGUCAUGCGGCUGGUCAAGCUCCUCAGCAGAGGGGAGGGCAUCCGCACCCUGCUUUGGACUUUCAUUAAAUCAUUCCAGGCUCUGCCGUAUGUUGCUCUUCUGAUAGCCAUGCUGUUCUUCAUCUAUGCUGUCAUUGGCAUGCAGGUGUUUGGAAAGGUUGCCAUGGUGGACGGCACGCACAUCAACAGAAACAACAACUUCCAGACCUUUCCUCAGGCGGUGCUCCUUCUCUUCAGGUGUGCUACUGGAGAAGCGUGGCAGGAGAUCAUGUUGGCCUGUAUUGCAGGGAAACUGUGUGACCCAGAGUCCGACUACAACCCCGGGGAGGAGAUGACGUGUGGCAGUGGAUUUGCAAUAAUUUACUUCAUCAGCUUCUACAUGCUCUGCGCCUUCUUGAUUAUCAAUUUGUUCGUGGCCGUCAUCAUGGACAACUUUGACUAUCUAACACGUGAUUGGUCCAUUCUUGGUCCACACCACCUCGAUGAAUUCAAGAGAAUUUGGUCAGAGUACGACCCAGAGGCUAAGGGCAGAAUUAAACAUCUGGAUGUUGUUACACUUCUUCGUCGUAUCCAGCCUCCUCUUGGCUUUGGCAAACUGUGCCCUCACAGAGUGGCUUGCAAGAGGUUGGUAGCCAUGAACAUGCCCCUGAACAGUGACGGCACUGUCAUGUUUAACGCCACUUUGUUUGCACUGGUGCGCACUGCCCUGAAGAUCAAAACAGAUGGUAAUCUAGAGCAGGCCAACGAAGAGCUGCGGGCCGUCAUCAAGAAAAUCUGGAAGAGAACGAGCAUGAAGCUGCUGGACCAAGUGGUGCCCCCUGCUGGUGAUGAUGAGGUAACCGUGGGGAAGUUCUAUGCCACCUUCCUGAUACAGGACUACUUUAGGAAAUUCAAGAAACGUAAAGAGGAAGGCCUGGUGGGUGCUCACCCGUCGCAGAACAACACAGCUAUCGCUCUACAGGCUGGCCUUCGCACGCUGCAUGAUAUUGGGCCUGAAAUUCGUCGAGCGAUAUCUUGUGAUCUCCAAGAUGACGAGCUAGUAGACUUUAUUCCAGAGGAAGACGAGGAAAUUUAUAGGCGUAAUGGCGGACUCUUCGGUAACCAUCUCAUGAACGGUGGUCAUCGCCGAUCCAACGGCCACCAGACCAACGCCACACAGCGACCUCUGCAGGUGCAGCCUCCACCUCACUACGCCCACAUGGAGCAGCCGGUGGGACGCCUGUCUCGAGCAAACGCAAUGUCCCACCCCAACCAACAUCACCACCACCACCACCAUCACAACCGUCAUCACAACUCCUACGGCAAGUCUCCCAAAUCCACCAACAUCAACCUCAACAAUGCCAACGUGUCCAGUCUGCCCAAUGGAGGACACCAUCGUUACUAUGAACAUGCACCACCCAAUGGCUACCCAGGUCUUCGCAACUCCUACUACGACUACGACAAGCCACGGACGCCCCAGGGUCAAAGAAGGCGCUACUAUGAGACCUAUGUUAGGUCACAUGGAGUAGAUGGACACCACCCCACCAUCCGCAGGGAGGAGGAGCUUGAUGAAGACCGCCUUUCUGGGGAGUAUUACAGCGGGGAGGAGUUUUAUGAAGACGACAGUAUGCUGUCAGGGGAAAGGUAUCAGAACAGUGACACGGAGUACGAGACUCCCAAAGGUUACCAUCACCCUGACACUUACUAUGACGAUGACGAGCAGCCUCUUUACCGCGACUCACGGAGGUCACCAAAGAGACGGCUGCUUCCUGCCACGCCUCAAGGUCACAGAAGGCCAUCCUUCAACUUUGAGUGUCUGCGCAGACAAGGUAGCCAGGACGAGCUUCCACAUCAGCGUACUGCUCUACCACUGCACCUUAUGCAGCACCAGGUUAUGGCUGUAGCAGGCCUGGACUCCAGCAGAGCCCACCGCCUCUCCCCAACCCGCUCCACCCGCUCCUGGGCCACUCCUCCUGCCACGCCGGCCAGUAAAGACCAGUCACCGUACUACACCCCUCUCAUCCGUGUGGACCACCCACACAGGGAGAGUGCUGCUAGCAGCCAAGUGUCUGUGCGCAAGAGCUCAUGGUACACAGAUGACCCCGAGUUCUCCCAGAGGAUGUACUCACCUGUCCACCUGCAGGUGCCACCUGAAUACCACAACCAGUACCACCAGAAGAGAGGCAGCGCCACCAGCCUUGUGGAAGCGGUUUUGAUAUCAGAAGGGCUUGGGAGAUAUGCCAAGGAUCCCAAGUUCGUCGCUGCCACAAAGCACGAGAUAGCAGAUGCGUGUGAGAUGACAAUAGAUGAGAUGGAGAGUGCAGCCAGCCACCUGCUGAACGGAGGAAUGGCCCCGAGUGUCAACGGGGUCAACGUGUUCCCCGUGCUGGCUCCACGGGACUAUGAACUGCAGGACACUGCAGCUAGCUACAGCGACGAGGAGCCAGAGACAGAACCCAGAGCUCUUUAUGAGGAGGACUUGGCAGACGAGAUGAUCUGCAUCACGACUUUAUAG